CCCGCCCGGCUGCGCGACCGGUCUCCUCCCGCGAGCGCGGAGCGGCGAGCCCGGCGCGGCCAUGGGGAGUGGGAUGAGCCAGAUCCUGCCGGGCCUGUACAUUGGCAACUUCAAAGAUGCAAGAGAUGCAGAACAGUUGAGCAGGAACAAGGUGACACACAUUCUUUCUGUGCACGACACUGCCAGGCCCAUGUUGGAGGGAGUUAAAUACCUGUGUAUUCCAGCAGCAGACACACCGUCUCAAAACCUGACCAGACAUUUCAAAGAAAGCAUUAAAUUCAUUCAUGAGUGCCGACUCCAGGGUGAGAGCUGUCUUGUACAUUGCCUGGCUGGGGUCUCCAGGAGUGUGACAUUGGUGAUCGCAUACAUCAUGACUGUCACCGACUUUGGCUGGGAGGAUGCCUUGCACACUGUUCGUGCGGGGAGGUCCUGUGCCAACCCCAACCUGGGCUUUCAAAGGCAGCUGCAGGAGUUUGAGAAACAUGAAGUGCACCAGUAUCGGCAAUGGCUGAGAGAAGAGUAUGGAGAGAACCCUUUGCGGGAUGCAGAAGAAGCCAAAAAUAUUCUGGGUAAAUAUAAAGAGCAAGGGCGCAUGGAGCCCCGGCCUAGCAGCAGGCGGUGGAGCAGCUUCUCAGCCCUGCCUCCUCUCACCUACAAUAACUACACAACUGAGACCUAACAAAGAGAGCUGGUGUCUGCCUUCCUGCUGCGGGUCUUCUGGGUUGCCUACCAUGUGCUGGUGUGCCUGGUGUGCUGGCUCCUGCCUCUGAGGACUACGAGAGGAGGUCGCAGCAAGGUGGAGCACUCAGGGCUCCUUCUCAGAAUGCCGCCCUACUCAGGCUUUUUCACUCUCCCAUCUUCGCCCCAUCUUUUCCUCACCUGAACUUGCCCAGCCUGGGAUGCUGCCCGGUCACCGUCUUCUCGUAUGUGUGCAGCAGUGUGGAUGUGCAUGUAUGUGUCUAAGAGUGUGCAUAUAUACCUACAAAUGUAUGCAUUGUGAACGAGUACACAUGUAAAUGUGUCUCUGCAUGUGGGCACUGAGUGUUUAUGGUGCUGAAAGUUAUAAACACCCGCUACCAGAACUGCAAUGGUCACAUUGUUCAGUCCACAUGGAAGUCAUUUGAACUUGGCCUCUGGAAAGCUACUCACCAAGUAACAGCUUAUGCCUGUGCUGAGUGAGAACUCAGGGUGUGGGCAGCUGGAAACAGUGGUGUUCCAGAUUCUGAGAUGGCACAGAGGAAGGGACAUGACCCUCCGGAGGAAGAGUGGCAUAAUCCUAGAGAGUUUUAUGUCUGUGGGAAUAAGGGAGGGGCUUUCUGAGCAUUGUCUUGGACUUGAUAAGUAUACUUGCCAGCCCAUCACGGCCCUGAGUUCCACUGGUCCUGCUCUGCGUGGGACCAGCGUCAAUUGACUUUCAUGGUGAUAUGGUAUGGUGACAGGGUGGACCUGAGACUCAGUAGCCCUAUACCAGAUGUCUGGCCCACUUCCUGUCUGCUUUUAAACACUUCAGCCUCUGGCUAGCCUCUUGUUGCAGGGGUCUCAUCUCAGGUUUGCAUGUACCUGCAGGAACUGGAAAGAAAGGCAGUUAUUAAACUCCAUAGCCAUUCGUGAUUUAAAAUGCCUACGCAUUCACUGAGCUCAUUGUUGUAUACUGUGGACUUGACUGCUACCUCAUGAAGUUAGUUCCUUCCUUCCUUCCUUCCUUCCUUCCUUCCUUCCUUCCUUCUUUAAGGUUGGGGUUUCUUUGGUACCCCAGUCAACUCUGCUUCAUAGUUGAGAGUGUUUGUCAUGUUACUAUUGUUUUUGAAACCAAAGAGAAGAGCAUACUUAUGUCAUUGAGUGAUUUAAAAUUUGCAGCUUGGCUUCCGUAAGGUUUUCUAGUGAGUCAAACCCCACAUUCUAGCCAGGAGAGCUCCUUAGCUCAAAGUGUGUGGCAGCAGGCACCCCUAGAAGCUCUGCACAGUCCAGUGUCCAGUCCUUUACACCAAUUCAUGUUGUUUAAGCAUGCAGAACAUGCAAAUGAAAAAUACACUCAACCUCUCCCUAAACAUACUGCGACCAGGCAUCUCUGAAGCUUAAGAAGCCCCCAAGAAGCCCCCAAGGAGCUGGAUGGUGGUGGCACACGCCUUUAAUCCCAGCACUUGGGAGGCAGAGGCAGAGGCAGGCGGAUUUCUGAGUUCAAGGCCAGCCUGGUCUACANANUGAGUUCCAGGACAGCCAGGGCUACACAGAGAAACCCUGUCUCAAAAAAAAAAAAAAAAAAGAAGAAGAAGAAGAAGAAGAAGCAGCCCCCGAGGAAGAAGCAGCAGGUCUCCCUGUGUGUGUGGAGCCCUUGGGGACCCAGGGAAAGUGUGGUUGCCAGCUCUCUGUGUGCAGGCCGUGCCAAGCAGUAGCAUAAGGAGUGAAGCCUGAGUAUGUGUGCACGUGGGUGAACAGCUACAUACGUUUCCAUAGGUUCUCAACUGUCUUAAUUUUUGUUGCCAGUAAUGUUCUUUCUCCACAGCUGCCCCGGGAAUUCUGAAGUACUGGGCCUUUCUCAGAAGACUGUAAUGUACCUGAAGUUUCUGAAAUAUUGCAGAGUUCAGGCUGGUGCUGCCAAAAAGAAAAGUCACCUAGAGUUUAUUUUUAAGAAUCCAAUAGUGAUUUGUAUACUUGUUUGUUUUUUUUCCAUUUUAAACCGAAUGCAUGUAUAAUCAUGUUGGAAUAUGUUAAGAACUAUGGAUAUUCUGUAGCAAGAGAAAAUAUCUUUGCCUUAACUCCACUGCUGUGGUUGUCCCUUGGACCUGACCGAUGCUCAUACAAUAACCUCACGAGCCCUGUGUGUUUCGUAACAGUAACUACUUGUCAUGAACACUACCCAAGGAGGAAGCCUGCACCUGGGAAGCGUGCAGUGUGAGCUCCGCCCUCCUGUUAAGUCCUCCAGCUCGAGACAUGUCUCUUGGUAUGUGUUUUAUCUACUGGUGUUAUUCUAUAUGGUAGAAUUACCAAAAGCUAUUCAGAUUUCUUAAUAAAGGGCAAAUCACCAAGCUUGA